GGUACAGGUUGCGUUCAGUGCGCAGGCAUAGAGGAGGUCGAAUCUCACCCCGCCUCACUCGAUUUCGAGAGACAGACAAACAAUCGUCGUGGGCGAAUAGCCCAUUCUCCGAUUGUCGGUACGUUUCUACGGAUGGACUUUGCGACAUCAUCACUAAACGCGACGUGAAUAGUAUUUCAUUUGUGAUACUUAUAUAAUUGUAUAAGGGACUCUAGAUAAAGACAAGUGGCGCGAUUUAGACAUUUCGAGUGUUUGCGAAUGAUGAUGGACAAUUCCGGUGUUGACUCUGCCAGUGACCAUAGUAGUCACGCUUCUUCGAGUUCCCCAGUUAUCGCUAUUAAACCUUCUCCCUCGCCCACAACAAAUAACAAUAACAUCCCCAGUCACCAUCACCACCAGCAUCAGGUACACAGUCCGAGACAAGCUUCACCUCUAGGCCCUCCAAUGUCUAUGGCUCAUCCUUUAAGUCCGCCGCCGGUCACAAGUGCUUCUCUAGCAAGAAGCAUGGCUUUGGGACACUUGCCUCCUCCAGGUUUGGGACUGUUGAAUUCUUUGGGUGUAUUGCACAACCCCCUGGACCUUAUGGCACAUCACGCUCCACCGAGGCCAUACAAUUCACCACCGCCAAUCUCUACUUCUGAUCCAACAGCAAACGAAUGUAAGCUAGUUGAUUACAGAGGACAGAAAGUUGCGGCAUUUAUAAUUGCAGGAGAUACGAUGCUAUGCUUGCCACAAGCAUUUGAAUUAUUUUUGAAGCAUUUGGUCGGGGGGUUGCAUACGGUUUACACUAAACUUAAGAGACUCGAUAUCGUUCCGUUGGUUUGUAAUGUUGAGCAAGUACGAAUUUUGAGAGGACUCGGAGCAAUUCAACCGGGCGUUAACAGAUGCAAAUUGUUGUCAUGCAAAGACUUUGAUACUUUGUAUAAAGACUGCACUACUGCCAGUUCCAGGCCCGGCCGACCGCCAAAACGAGCCCCAGUUGGACUGAGUCUAGCAGCGUCGCAUCUGCAGCACCAACAGCUCAAAAAGCCUAGGAUGGACAAUGGCGAUUAUCCUUAUGAAAAUGGACAUAACAUGAGUGAUAUGGCAAGACUAGAAAAAUCACCGCUCCUAGCCAACGGUUACAAUCAUCCACCACAUCUUACUCACAUGCAGUUUAUGCAACUUCCGCAUCCUGCCGCUGCACACUCGGCACUGCUGUCACCUGCUAUGCCGCAUAACUUGAGUAGGCACGACGGCUCUAUUAUUAAAAACCAGGGUAUGCCUUCAAUGGAGGUGCUAGCCAGAUCUGGAAUAUGGGAAAACAGUAGACUAUAUGAAGACAUCGUAAAACAUCUUGAAAGGUUACGAGAGGAAAGAUGUGACUCAGAUAGGCCUAUUCCUUUGGAUCAGAAACCUAGAGAUUUGAGUAGUCCAAGAAACGUUUUUGUUUCAGGAUCACCAGACCAAAGUCCCGUAUUAAACUUAUCCAAAAGUGGUGGCGGAAGUGCAGGUUCUUUGGGUGAUAACGAACAUUCUGGAAGCGAAGCUGAUUGUCCAGAUGUACCUCCAUCACCGAGAUCACCCAGGUCGGCGGUGGACGAGGAGGAGGAUAAUAUUUCAGAGCCAGAACCUGAUGAGGAAGAGGAUAAGGAUCAAGAUAUGGAUGAUGGAGAUCUUCCUCUCCCGGUUGUGCCCGUUAGUGACUCGCAACAAGCCGCUCUAAACUAUUCGACCCUCGCGAGUGCAGUCGCAAGCGCUAACGGUCCAGUACCAGAUCCCGGUAUUUCGUCGACUGAAACCCUUCUUAGAAAUAUACAGGGACUCUUAAAAGUAGCUGCAGAUAACGCACGUCAACAGGAGAGACAGAUCAACUAUGAAAAAGCCGAGCUUAAGAUGGACGUCCUUAGAGAAAGAGAUGAAAAAGCCAACCUAGAAAAGCAACUUCACCAAGAACAAAAACUAAGAGAGACCUUUCAAAAGCGCUUACGCAGAGAAAAGCGAGGUAGAAAGCGACUUCAGGAGCAACUUGACGUAGAGCUUGGCAGAAGAGCCCAACUUGAAGAAGUAUUACGAACUAGUGGAGAAAGUGAGAAAAUUAAAAUGAUUAAUGACAAAGUUGCUCAGUUACAACAACAUCGUCAGCAAGCUGAUCCGCAACCAUCACAUAAUACCUAUCCUCAUAGCGUCCAGUCUCAGUCACUUCAGCAACCUAAAUCUGCAACUCCCAAUCAAAUUCUUGAAUCACCGAUGCGUCCGACUUCCCAAACCAUGCACCCAUCAACACCUGAGAUUUCAGAAAGGGUGGAUAGAAUUAAACAAGAAGUUGAGGAGACUCCACAGCAAUACAUAACGCCCAGAGAUAUGAGAGAUCAAAUGAGGGAACAGCCUCCUCCUCCACUAGUACCACAAGAAAACAAAUUAUGGGGUUAUAGUGGAUUAGAUUUGAUCAAUAACGGUGCGGCAUUUUGGCAAAAUUAUUCUGAAAGCCUUACACAGGAACUAGACAUGGAAAGAAAAUCCCGACAACAGCAGGCAGAAAGAGACCUUAAGUCCCCUCUACAGAAUCGUAAUGAAUAUUAUAAAAACUCAGUAAUGUUCACGGGCACUGCCACUUAAAUUACAAAUUCCCUUUAUAUUUUAAGGAAAAAUAUCAACUAAAAUUUAAUUUUGACGAUAUCAUUAUCACAUAAUAUACACGCCAAUAAUUUGUAAAUAUAAUAAAGUAAUAUAUUGUACAAGGGAUAAAAAAAUAUAAAAUAA